CCUUUAAACAUCUGGAAAGUUCUUUCAUUGUGUCUGAAUUCUGAAGCUCAUCUGUGCUUAACUGCUCUGUGCUCUUUUUAGCUUUAAGUUACGUCGAUCUAACGUGUGUCUCUUCUGUUCUUUUGAACCUCUUGUCUUCAUUUUCCCAACCUCAGCUGUGAGAGGAAGUGACCUUGUGUGUGGUGCAAACUCGUUCUGAUUAGUGUACAACGCUGAAGCAGAGCAGCCAUGUUGCUCACCAGUUCCACCGCUUUCUUUUUAUUUUUUAUUGCUCUAUCGACCUUUCCAUUUAUAUCUAAAAGCACAGUGCAGUUGAAAUAUUCAAAGCAGAUAAUAAGAAGGACAGAAGGACAGUCCUUGACUCUCAGAUGCACAGCAGAGUAUGAGGAAGAGCCUUGUGGAAACGUCUUGGUGGUUUGGUGUUUUUGGGUGUCAAACGACUGUCAGAAACUUAUUGAUCCGGACAGACACUUGAUCCAGGUCAAUGAGACUAAAGCAGACGGUGGUUCCAGGCAUCGAGAUGUUUCCAUUACAUUCACACAGCUGACUCUCAGGGACACUGGCAAGUAUCUAUGUAAAGCCACAUGUCAGCAGACCGGAGCCUCAGCUGUAGGACAUUUCAUUAACAUCACUGUAACAGGCCAGAAGGAGACCGAUGACAAAUAGCUUCUUUCCAGGAGUCACUAAUAAAGGACAGGAGAUUCUUGUGUGAAGCGGAGUGACGGACACAUGGAUGUGUUUCUUCUGACAAUCAACACACCUUAUUUUUUUAUGGAUUUAUAAAAACCAGAUCAUAGGUCUUGAUUAUGAUCAUAUGGAAUGUUUUUCUUUCAUUUUAUUUUAUUUUUCCGUCUGCUAAAUAUUUAGUUAAGAGCUUACUUACAGGUUUGUUCUACAAGACUUUUAAUUGACUCUAAAGUGAGAGAGGGUGAGAGUAAGAGAGAGAGGGGUGAGGUAACAGUAUUCUGUGGUUAGCUAACUGAAAAGAAAAAGAAAAAAAACUCUUCCUGUGAAGGAUCUCUUCCUGUGAAGCCACCAUGUCACUCGUCUUUAAAAGCAAGUCUCAAGUAAAAGUAGUAACCAUUCUAACAAUCAGUAACUUCAUAGCAACUAAUAGUUAAUUAGACACGUCACUUUCAGUUUAUUUUGAGAACCUACACAAGCUAGCUUGCUCUCUUAUACCUCAGCGUAUACGUCUAACUGUGGAAACUUCAGUUAAAGGAUGAUGUCAGACUUAAAAAAGGACUGGAGGACAGAACGAUGCCAUCUUUCAAGACCAUUUCAGGAUCUUUGUUCUGCUUUUAAAAGAAGUUGCGCUUCUUUCGGUCUUAUGAGUGAAUUGCACAAUGUUGGAAAUCACUGAUAUUUAAAAGAAAUAUCAGUUACACAAAUUAAUGUGUCUUAAUUUUGAUAAAUUGCUAUGAUCGAGGUUCCUAGUGAUAUGUGAUGUGAUCACUACUGCACAAACCUACUAGUUUCCUUCAUGUGAUGUCAUGUGGAUGUGUGAGCAAAACUGCAGCAAAAAAAACAUUUUCAGGUCAUUUUUUGGACAUUUAUAGCAAAGUUAAGUUCUGGUUAGAUGUGUAUGGAAUUGUACAACUACGUUAACUAAUUUAUGCUUUCAACAAAACACAUUUUGGAACUUACUUUGAUUUAGCGUUUUAAUUUCCUAGAUGUUUUUUUUCCCCUUCAUUUGUACAUUCUUAAAUUCUGCCAAUGUUGAAGGUUCUCUAGUGGCACAACAAAAGCAUUUAAUGGCAUCCUUAGCCGAAAGAAACAGAUGUAUUUCUUUGUUUUCUUAUAGCACCGUCCUGUCUAAACCGUAGAGACUAAAUUAUGUGAGAAUUAAGUGGAAAACUCAAAUCUGGUACCAACAUUUAUGCCACAGUUAAAGUCACAGAGAACAUAUAGACUUUUUCUUUGCUCUGAUGCUUGAUGUGAACAUUAAAGUUCUGGACCCGC